UAAUCCGCUGCCAUUUCUUACCUCCUUCCGAGGCGGAGAUGCUGGUCUUCUCCCUUUGACUGUGGGGCUGGAUGUGUCCUCCGCAAGGUGUAACCAGGUGAAUGACAAGUCCAAUGGAGGCCCUGCUGCUUUAUCUGAUGGUCCUCUGUGUGACUGUAAAGGCCCACAAGGUUCAAGUCUGCCCCAAGCGUUGCAUUUGCCAGGUGCUCAACCCCAAUUUGGCCACACUGUGCGAUAAAAAGGGGCUGCUCUUCGUGCCCCCCAAUAUCGACCGGCACACGGUGGAAAUGCGCCUGGGGGACAACUUCGUCACCAGCAUCAAGCGCAAGGACUUUGCCAACAUGACCAAGCUGGUGGACCUGACGCUUUCCCGCAAUACCAUCGGGACCAUCGUGCCACAUGCCUUUAAGGACCUGGAGAACCUGCGGGCGCUCCACUUGGACAGCAACCGGCUGACGCGCAUCACCAACGACACCUUCAGCGGCAUGUCGAAGCUGCACCACCUCAUCCUGAACAACAACCAGCUCACGCACGUUCAGAUCGGCGCCUUCAAUGACCUGACGGCCCUGGAGGAGCUGGACCUGUCCUACAACAACCUGGAGAGCGUGCCCUGGGUGGCCAUUCAGAGAAUGUCCAGCCUCCACACCCUCAACCUGGACCACAACAUGCUCAGCUACAUCCCAGAGGGCACCUUCUCGGGUCUACAGAAGCUUAAGAGGCUGGACGUGACCUCCAAUAAGCUCCAGAAGCUGCCCCCGGACCCUAUUUUCCAGAGAGCUGGGGUCCUAGCCACCUCGGGGAUCAUGGGGCCCACUUCGUUCGCAUUGAGCUUUGGCGGGAACCCGCUGCGGUGCAAUUGCGAGCUCCUCUGGCUGCGGAGGUUGCGGCGCGAGGACGAUCUGGAGACCUGCGCCUCGCCUCAACACCUCGCCGGACGCUAUUUCUGGACUGUGUCGGAAGAAGAGUUCCUGUGCGAGCCUCCUCUCAUCACUAGACACUCUCAGGAGCUGCGGGCCCUGGAGGGUCAGAGCGUGACACUACGUUGUAAGGCUCGGGGGGACCCGGACCCCAUCAUCCACUGGAUAGCCCCUGACGGACGCCUCAUGUCAAACUCUUCCAGAGCCUCCGUGCACAGCGAUGGCACGCUAGACAUCCACAUCAGCACCGUCAAGGACUCAGGUUCUUUCACCUGCGUGGCCUCCAACCCGGCCGGAGAAGCCCAGCAGAAGGUCGACCUGGUCAUCGCUAAGCUGCCUCACAUCACCAACAACACAGCCGUCGAGCAAGAGCCCGACCCGGGGUCUUCGGACAUCGCCACUGUGACCAAGACGGGGGCGGAGGGUCCGGGCGGCGGUGUGCCCCUCGGUAACACCAAGACGGGCCUGGAGAAGAAGGUGGUCAUAGCCGAGGCCACGUCAACCUCGGCUGUGGUCCACUUCAACUUCCAAAGGAACAUUCCGGGCAUCCGUAUGUUCCAGAUCCAAUACAACGGGACCUACGAUGACUCGCUGGUGUACAGAAUGAUCCCGCCCACCAGUGAAAGCAUCCUGGUCAACAACCUGGCGGCAGGGACGCAAUAUGACCUGUGCGUGCUGGCCAUCUACGACGACCAGGUCACUUCACUGACCGCCACACGGGUCAUCGGCUGCAUCCACUUCACCACCGAUCCGCAGUACCUGAGGUGCCAUUUCAUGCAGUCCCAGUUCCUGGGUGGGACCAUCGUGGUCAUCAUUGGAGGGAUUAUCGUGGCCUCAGUGCUGGCGUUUAUCGUCUUCCUCAUUGUCCGCUACAGAGUGUGCAACCAGGGAGACGCAGAUAAGACUCUGGAAAUGGGCGACAUUCGUUCCCUGAGCAGCGAUGGGCAACUUCAAGGCUGUGGACUCCCCAAGUCUCUGUCCAAGCAGGUCCUACGUCCGGAGAAGAAUGACAAGGACUGCCUUCGAGUCGCCCUCCCGCCCCUGGAGCCGGCCAAGCAGCGAGUGCCCGUCGUAAUCACCGCCGCCAACACCGGCACCGCCAAACCCUCACUGCCCGACUGCACUGUGUCGACCUCGGCCGCCAGCCACAGUUGGCACCCGGCCUCCCCAAGGGUGAGGCGCCCGAUGGCCCUGUCUAAACCGUCCGACGUCCGGCGGGCCGAGAUGCAAGAGGACGUCGAACUCAACAACGUCAAUCGCAAUAACUCCUCAGAGGUGAAGGUGCCACCUGUGGCAUCCCGUGCCCAAGCUCCCAAAUGGACUGCAGCUCCCAGGGUGCCGCGAGCACGCCAGGCCCCUCGGCAGUACAUGACCGUGCCCGCGGGGGCCGCCAGAUUCAACCGCAGACACUCCCUCAACGCGGAUUCGUGCCGGGAGCGCUUAUACGUGGGCUACGCCAAAACGGGGACCAGCCUGCGCUCCAAGCGAAGCCUGUCCAUGAGUGGCGAGCUACCGCAGAUGCACAACACCGCAAACAUUCAACGGGCCCGCGACAAGCUGUCCCGCUCCGAGUGGCUCCUGGAGAGCACCUUAUGAUUCGGAGUUUACCGACGGAUUUUUCCUGAAUUGGAUGGUGGCCUGCUUGAAGGAGAACCGCCUUGCCCUGUCGGUGGCGUUAGCGUCCGGCCGUUUGGAGGAGAGGGAGGGUUGGGGCCUUGAAGGACCUCCACGCAAAUCAAAUGGAAAUAUGAGCGGGCGUACGGACCCUCCUUUGGUUUAUACGCUGUAACCAAUCGAUGUUUUCUUCACAAGUGGACCAUGAGAAGCACAACAUGUAUAGUAUAAAACAAGCUCCUGUACAAAGGUUUUCCAAGGCGUAUAUCUCAAGGCGACUCUGGGAAGCUGUUUGCAAGGACAUCAAAUAAAUGCUCAAAUGGCUUCUAUAAAGCUGUCUGAGAAUUUAUUCCAUCUCCUUCAUAUCAGUCUUGAGGUACAUGAGAGUACGGUCUUCGUCCUCUUACAAAGACAAUUCAGCGCACUAGUAGAACAAAUGGGGCGCACUAGUGCUACUAGCACAAGGAUAUUGAAUAAAUGCUAAAUCAGCAUUUCCAUAAAGCCCCAAUGCCCUUGCUAUAAGCUUAAGAUCUAUGACUAGUAUAGUUUUGUCCUCACUAUGAAGACCAUUACACGCACUAGUAGAAUGACCAUGUCUUACUUGUAAUGCAAGGAUAGCGAAUAAAUGCUCAAACGGAUUUGUAUAAAGCCGUUUGAAAAGUUAUUCCAUAUCCUUGAUAGCCAGCACAAGGUUCAUGACUAGUAUGAUUUUUGUCUCCUUGCUAGUAUGACAAUUCAGCGCACUAACAGAGGACUAGUGUGCACAAGCAGACGACUAGGAUGCACUAGCACAACCACUGUGUCUUACUGUAUUGGAAAUGUUUUUCCACCACUAGUGCCACUUUUGGCAUUCUCGAAAGUAAUUGAAUCUUUUGUGGUAAACAACUGCGCUGCAGCAGUGGCACUACUGGGGCCAACUUGUAGGCAUGUGUCAUGCACACGUUACUAGUAGGAGGCAGUUGUUCUACUAAUGUGCUGAUUUGUCUUACUCGAGCGUACUAAUACAUGGACCUGAAGACAGAUAGCAAGGAUACAGAAUAAAUUCCCAUACGGCUUUCCAUUUGGCGACUCUUAUUGUCAUUCCGAAUGCGGUAACCCAGACACUGCACGAUAAAGACAGACGAGGACUCGCCUCUGAAUGACCUUUUUUUUUCCUGUGUGUGGAGAUAAUGAAUGUGCUUUUACAUGCCAGACGGAGCACAAUGCAGCAUUUUUUUUUUGGGGCGAUGGCAUCAGUUGACUCAGCCUGAUACUGCCCUCUGGUUUGAAUUGAUCGGAUCACUUUUAUCACAUAAGUACGUCAAGACCCGACGGGCAUGGUUACGUUACGCGGGGAUGAGAUUCAGACAAAUGAAGACAUUUCCAUGCUGCCCCCGGUCUCUUAAGGUAUUAUCACGCUGAUGUAAAUUAACUUGUAAGAGGAAUGAGCACAAUUAGGUACUGGGAGGGGGUGUCAGCUCUUGAUUUUGCCGUUGUUUUUGUUUGAUGUUUAACAAUAUAAAUAAAGCAGUGAUACAAGGGAAAUUUCACUUGAGAUGUCCAAUAGUGCAGUAUGUGUGUGUUGCUAUUAAAAAAAAAAGUUAAAAGUUG